AGAAAACGAUGUAAGUUCGGCGGGGCAGCUGAAUCAACAAUAUAAGUGCCUAAAGCUGUUCUGUUCAUCGAAUGCAAAUUAUUGCUGGCUUCUGUUAAAGUACAGCACAUUGAACAAACAGUGGACGAAACGGCAUUGCAAAUAAGGUAAAAUUUUUAUUCUAUAUCAACUGUUAUCAUUUGUAUCAUUAUGUCUUCGCUUGGAUAUAUGCCGAAAGCAAUUCAACAAAGUUUCAUGAAUCAUAUUGAUGAGACAAUCCUGCGGGAUAUAAUUGUUCAAAUUGAAUGAAAUCAAGCACGUCUGGGAGAUAAAUUUUGAAAUAGUAUAUCGGUUCGAAUAAAGUUAUAGAAAAAAGGAUACAGAAUAGAAUUCAAUCCUUACAGCUUUAGAUAUCUGUGACCCAAUUAAGUCUCAGAUCAAAUUCAACAUUCAACGGCAUGAUCGGAUUCGUUUCAUAAGACCAGAUAAUAAAAUUGGAUUUUCAAUUCAGAUACACUUAGUGAGCGGCUAUAAGCAAUAUACUUAGCUACCGAGUAUAAUUCUUACGGUAAAAAAUGACUGAUUUUGCCAAAUUGACGAGCCGAGUGAAGGAUCCGGAAGUUAUAUUUCGUAGCAACAAAGACAUAUAGUCAAAUACAAAGAAUUACGAGUACAUUUUGAAACCUCACAAUUAUUUCGCCAUCAAUUUUGUAAUUUUUUAACAGGUUUUGUCUAUAGCUUUGGGGAAUGAAUGUUCAGUAUAGUAUCGACUGUAUCGUAUUUUUUUGCCAGUAAUAUAUUUGGUGGCAAUGUAACACUUUGAAAAUGCCCUACAUGCAUUCUCAGUCGGGGUAUAAUAUCUUGUUAAUUAACAUUCUUUGUCGUAGUUUUAAUGCAAAAUAGCCUUAUCGCGGCUAAUUUCAUGCUAAAACCAAACUCAAUGAAACGUAGCAGUAGCGAGGGUGAAAAGCGGAUACGGAGCGGAGCAGGCGGACGGAGCGGAUAUGUGGAUUACGCGCGGAGCGGAUAAGGUGGAAAAGGCGGCAAAAAUAAUACCAACUGGUAGAAGUAAGCUAUUUACAGGGAUUGGGAAAAGAACUAAGCUAUAUUGUUUAGUGGUAUAUAUAUUUCUAACAUACGUUAUUUUAUUGUUACAUCACAGGUAUGAGGAGUUUAUUAUAGGAGGUUGGUCGUUCCGCAAACCGUCGUAUUUUUGUCUCCUUCACCGUUAACAGCCUGUUUUAUAUUCGUGAAAAUCUUAUAUAGUAAAAGUUUAUCGGCCAGGGACUUCGCAACGACGAGAGGGAAAAGAUGGCAGAUUUUCGUUGAGAAACAUUUAACUGAUAUAUAUUCAAGAAUCUUGCGAAGCAGCUUUAUAGUUGCAUGGGGUGCGAGAUGUGAUAGAAUUUUACCUAAAUAGGAACUUAAAUGCUAAAAUGUUACCUUCAAUGUUACUACCAUUACCGUUGUGUUUGUGAGCUUUCUUUAUCUGUCUUCAUAAUUUUUUGAAAGAAAAACGGCCGUUAACGCUGUUUAGAGAGCCAGCAAAUAUGCGACAUUAGUCGAAAAUGUAUUGCACAGAAAUCCCACCCACAUUACAAUUGUAUUAUAAUGGGCUGGCUAUUAAAUUAAAUAAAAUUAAAUUAAAUUAAAUUAAAUUAAAUUAAAUUAAAUUAAAUUAAAUUAAUAUAACAUGUGCACAAUGACAUUUCUGGUUAUCUCAAUUCCUAUAACUCAAACAUGGUAUAUUAUUAGUGUGCUUGUUAAAAUACCUGUAUGCAUGAAGGUAAAUUUCAAAAGUAUAGAGAUGGAUUAAUGAGAACGAGUGCCGUUACUCAAAAGGAGUUUAAAUUUGUCAAUUAUAGCGUUUUAUUUUAGAUAUUUAACGAGAUCGAUGAUCUAUGUAUUGAAAUAAAACUAUUUUGCAUAGUUUUACGCUUGUAACAAAACAUGGCAUCGACAGUGUGUUGCAGACACCUUUUAAGCUUGGCUGGUCGUCUAGUUAUAAAUAUUUACACUGCGGUUUCCGGUUUAAACAAAGUUUACCCGUCUGGACUCUGGAACUAAGAUAGUUAGAGCGGUGCACCGGAAUCGCAGAUUCUGUCUGUAGAGCCUAUAUAAUUGCAUAUUUCCCAAUUGCUCCUGGUUAGUCUUAUAAAUGUAUUAAAUACACUCGAGAUUUCCAUCCGCAUAAUCCUGAUAAGAAAUAUGUUACUCUGUUUAGCAAGACGUGGGAACAAUGAGCGAAGUUGCGGUAGAAGAAGAAGAAAUGGAGUUGGAAAGGAAAAUGGAGGAUACAACUGAGAAAGAAGAUGACUUAUUUUAUAUGCAAGAUGGAAAUGGAGAAAAACAGCUCAUAGAAAUCGACGAUAUCAAAGAAAUCAAUGAAAAGUGCCAUAAAACUACGUGAGUUUUCUCUAUAUUGCACACUUUCGAAAAAUGCCGAUUAACUACGUGAAAAAUACAACAACAACCUCGGCGUUUCGAGCGAAAAUCCUUCGUUUUGAAGUUAGAGGCUACGAAGGGCCAUCGCUCGAAACUUUGAAGUUGUUUUCAGGUAGUUGAAUCGUCGCAAUUUGACAAGCUUUAUUUCCGUUUUUAAAAUUUCAAUGAACAUUUUUUCUAAGCUUCAUAGCACUACAUUUAAACUUUAGUCUUGAACUCUCCACAAAAGGUGCAUGCAGUACUUGCAGUUUAUUUAACUUUUUCCCAAAUGCCCUCGUUUUAUAUGUUUGCCUGUUUUAGCGCACAUGAUGGUUAUAUCUCCAUGUUUUGCAUACAAAUUUUGUUUCUCUUUGAUCUUGAUCCGAAUCACAAGCCUACCCUUAACCCAUUGUGCAGGAAACACGAGGGAAUGAAAAUGAGGCCGUUGGGACACAAGUACAAUAAACAGUCUAUUAUAUUAACCCACAAAAAAUUCAUUUGAUAAAUCAAGAUAGGAAAUAGAAGAACAAUUUAAAUAUCUCAUACUAUAUAUAUAUGCUGUGCUGAGUGGCUAUAUUACUACCUGAAAGAAACAAGCAGAAACUCGACGUUUCGAACGAAGGCCCUUCGUCAAGAGUUAGUAGCAGGGAUCGGGAAAAAUGUACGGACUUCUAUACUAAAAGUAUGAAAGCAUCACGUGACAAAAAUAAACCAAUUAGAUGGAUUUAAUCAUAACAAAGUGUAAGCAAAAUAUGUAAAUCGCAUUACAGAAUAUAAUAUAAUACAAAAAUAUAAAAAUAUACAGGAAGCUAAGAAAAUUACUACAAAAAAUAACCGAAACAAAACAGAAGUGGGAAUAAGGUAAGAAAUAAAAGUAAUAAAUAGAUAAAUGCCGUCAAUGUCUGCUAUAGAUAGGCAAGGACAGAUGGAAUUAAACAAAGGAAAAGCGUUCAUUAAUACCAGAGGAGUGAACAGUGCAAAGUUUGGAUAUGAGGCGCAUUUCAUGUCUUGUGCGUCUAUCGUUACUUCCAGAAAUGGGACAGAGGGCUUGAAUUGCCAUAUCUGAAACACUGUGAUUGUGAUUACCAUUAUUAAAACGUCUGGCAACAGGUUGGUUAGCAUCAUUGCCAAUAACUGCACGCCGAUGCUCACCAAACCUUGUCCUUAAACAUCUUCCAGUUUCCCCAAUGUAAAGCAUGCCACACCUGCUGCAAGAGAUGCAGUAGAUGAGAUGGGAGGAGGCGCACGUGAAAUGGUGCUUGAUGAUUUAGAUUCCGAAUUCAGAUUUAGGUGCCGAAACAAUAGUGCUAGAAUCUACAAAAUCACAGGUUUUACAUUUCGGCGACAGGCAAGGAAGAGUGCCUUUCUGUGACGCCGAAAGCGUCACUUGUGUUUUGUUUUGAUUAUUUUUUGCCCAUAAUUGUCUUAGCUUCCUGUAUAUUUUUAUAUUUUUGUAUUAUAUUAUACUCUGUAAUGCGAUUUACAUAUUUUGUUUACACUUUGUUAUGAUUAAAUCCAUCUAAUUGGUUUAUUUUUUGUUACGUGAUGCUUUCAUGCUUUUAUAAAAGCAUUUCCCGUGCAUUUUCCACGAUCCCUGCUACUAACUCUUGACUUGACGAACGGCUUUCGCUCGCAACGUCGAGUUUCUGCUUGUUUCUUGCAGGUAGUAAUAUGGUUACUCAGCACAGCAAUUUCACAUUGGUAUUACACACACUGGUACAGACAGUCUUAGCAUACUAUAUAUGGACAAUAUGGUAUAAGUACAGUACAUGCUUUUACUUUGCUAAUGUUUUUUCUACAUCAAGUUUUCCACUUUUUGCAGAACUUUUCAAAGUCUAAUGCAUCUUUUAAAAGUGAGUAUUGGAACUGGUAUUCUUGGCCUUCCUGUUGCUGUAAUGAAUGCUGGAGUUGUGGUAAGUAUUAGACCCCUGCACCUGCGGCUCAUAUUUCUGAAGUACUAUGAAUAAUUUCACCUCAACUUCCCAUGAAGAAAGUGCUGCUCAAUCCGCCGUGCCUUUCGACUCUGUGAGUCGGUCUCAAUAGGUUUGUUUGGCAAAUGAAACAACAAGGCCGACGAAGCAUGUUGAAUAACAAUAGUUGUCAAAUUUUGAGAUCGCUGUAACCAGGUCAUGGUCAAAAUUAUUUCAUUUACUUGAGUUUAUUAAUAUUAAUGCACAUCUCAAUCAGCAACCUCGUUUCGAGAACUUUUUCUCAGAAGAUCUCGCGCGGGAUGGCAUCGUGGGCAUCGUGCAUACAACACGAUGAUGUUAUACAAUGUUACUUGAAGUUGGAAACUGAGAUGGCAGACUCCUCAAAGGCUAUCUAACUAUAUAUCCGGGAUGACUUUGAUUAAAUAAAUUUCGUGUUUGUUGUGUCAAUGUCGUAUAGGUUGGACCAAUAUCUUUGUUUAUCGUGGCUAUUAUUACAACACAUUGUAUGCUCAUAUUGGUGGACAGUGCGAGGGAACUUUGCAAGCUGUAAGUAAGAAAUUCCAGGACAAUUACAAAAGCUCGUCUUCGACUGAUCAUGCAAAUCAGCCGCUGCUAUUUUAAUAUCAAAAGUACAUGCCAACAAAUAUCUCAUGCACUUUGCUUCAAAUUUUGCAGGAGUAAACGAUCAUCACUAGAUUAUGGCGAAACAGCAGAAGAGUGUUUUCGCAUCGUAACUCCUUCACACGCAAGGAAAGGAAGGUAUAAGGAUCAGGGAUGAAGAUCCAGCACUUGCAUGGGCGUCAUGAUUGGUGGUGGUGUGUGUGUGUGUGUAAGCACUACAAUAUUUCCAGAAUCCCAAACACCUGACUCACUGAUGUGCCAAAUUCUAUCCCAGCAGCAAGUUUGCUGGUGUAAAUCCCAUUUCUCCAUAAAAAUAGGAAAAUUCCAGCUCCCAUAUUCUACCCUUCACAAUCCUUACAAAAAUGUAAUGUUUUUUUUUAAAAAAGCACAUGCCUAUUAAACUAUUUUGUAAAUAGUUUAUGUUCACGUCCCCCCAUGAAAAUCAGUCGAAAGUUUGCUGGGGCCAGCGUGAGAAAAUAAAGUCUAUGCAUGUAUGCGUCUAUGUAUAGAGAUACCAAAAGAUACCAAACUAGCCAUACUAACAUGUGUAGGGUUGUCAAAUAUUUUGCGGAUUUUUCAGUUUAGUGGACAUUUUAGAACUGUGUAGUGUUCUUAGACACCUUGUAUAGAAGGAACUAUAAAUGUAUCGACUAAUUAAAACCUGUGUUCCUUUAUAGAUACACAGUGAACAUCGUGCUCUGUAUAACUCAAGUUGGCGUCUGCACUGUUUAUGUUCUUUUUGUAGCGAAAAACAUUGAGCAGGUUAUUGCACGGUUUUUUAUUUUAUUGAAAUGAAAUUUUUAUCCAUGCAAUUAUAUAGUAGGCUGUAUACAGGGUGUAUCAAAAAAAACGCAACCUCGGAAUUUCCUAAGAAAUCACUUUGCAAUUCUUAAGCAUAAAAGAUUUUAGGCCCCUGGGAAUUGAAAUCGGAUUGUUAAUAGAUCAUAUUACUGUUGUUGUGCAUUAAAUAAAUGCAUAAAUUUUGCUUUAUGCACCCGCGUGUGCAGUAAUUUUGACAGUUGUGCUAUUUUAAAUUCCCAGGCGCCUAAAAUCUUUUGUCUUUAAAACAAUGUGGAUUUUUGGGAAAUUCCGAGGUUGCGCUUUUUUUGAUACACCCUGUAUAAUGGACAACGCAUGGCUUUGUAAACCUGAUACUUAUUAUACAGGGUGUCUCAAAAAAACCGCUACCCUUGGAAAUUCACCAUCGUUCUAAUUUGAAUGCCUGAGUGCUAUCUUGAACUCAUGGGUGCAUGAACAAUUUGAAUGGACAAUAAGACAAUAAAUACUCUUUGCUCUGUGCUCAGUUGAGCCAUUUGCUUGACAUUCACUAAUAUGUAAUUGAACGAUUUUCGUGCAGUUAUACUUUUGUAUGAACCUACUUUCAAUUCCCAGGAUAAACAAUUUCGCUUUUCAAAGAUAUUUUAAUUCCGAAGAUCUUUAAUAUAUGCAUCCUGUGAAAAUGUUUACGCAUUCAUGGCUUCAACAAGGUUCAGGCAUUCAAAUUAGAACAAUGGUGAAUUUCUAAGGGUAGCGGUUUUUUUGAGAUACCCUGUAGAGUUCUUUGUGUAAAACCCUCCUUUAGAGAAUAAUAAUAAUAUACAGUGUGUCUCAAAAAUAGGAAACCUUUAGAAAUUCACCUUAUUGUUAUAAUUUGAAUGCCUGAGCACUAUGCUGAACCCACGCAUGUGUAAAAUAUUGACAGGGUGCAUGUAUUAAAAAAGGAGACCUUCAGGAAUUAAAAAUAUUUUCUGCUCCUGGGAAUUUAAAAUAGCUUCUAAUAGCAUAAAGGAGAAUAACAAUACAAAAAUGGUCAAAUUACAAAUUAGUCGUACUAUCAGUUCUAAGGUUCAACUGACUUUCACUGUUCCGGGCAGGCUUGAAAAAUAAAAUAUGCCUGGGCAUGGCCAUGGUGGGAAUCGAACCUACGACCUUUGGAAUACUAGCCCAAUGCAAUGCUCGGCCAACUGAGCUACGCGGUCAGGUCGGUUCGAGUAACCGACCUGACCGCGUAGCUCAGUUGGCAGAGCAUUGGGCUAGUAUUCCAAAGGUCGUAGGUUCGAAUCCCACCGUGGCCAGGCAUAUUUUUCAAGCCUGCCCGGUGCGGAUAUAUAUAUAUAUAUAUAUACUCAGAGUAACAUCGCAAGCAUCUUAUUCACCUGAGUACACUACACCAACACAGCAAAUAUCAUGACUUUUACUGUUUUACGCGCUGCGUUAAAUUAAUCAGCACAUAAUCUUAUGUUGAAGGAAACCAAACACUUUUAAAUAACCAUACAUAAAAUCAUGCAUUAGCCUGCUCAGCAGCCCCACACAAAAAUUUGAAACGGCAAAUAUUUCCGGUUUCCUUAGAAGGAAAUUUCGGACUGCGAGCAGGCUAAUCAGUCAUGCAUUAUUUAUGCAGUGUGAUUUAUUCGAUCUAAACCAGGGUACUUAUGUAAACAAUGCGUGUUAGUAGCGCACGUUUUAAAAAUUGUUGGUCGUUUAUAAAACAGCAUUUCAAAAUACUGCUAUGCGAUUCAAAAAUGUCUCGUUUAGAACAUUUUUCAAUCUCAACUGACAGGGUGCACGCAAUAUAAUGUUUCAAUGUUUUAUUCGAGUCAAUGUACAUGUUGCCAUUUCCCAGUUUCCGCGCGGUUUUGCAAUGUAUUUUGAGAUCGUUAGGGGAAUUUCAUUCUUUGUCAUAUGUCAAAACCAAGAUAUGUUUAAAAUGUAAAAGAUUGUUUAAUUAAAGUAAGCAAAAAUGUUAAAAAUAAUUAAAUGGUUUUGAAGAUUUUAAGUUUUGAAAAUUUGUCGGCAAUAUCAGAGGCAAUCCAUCCUUAAAUUAAUUAAAUGAACGGAAUAACGACCUAUUUACCCUUAUAGUAUUUUUGAAUUUGUCAUUUAAUUUGAUAGGUACUAAUAGUAUUACUAUAGCCAAAUAUAUCAACUUGUCAAUCUAGUUGUCGCUUUAAUUACAGGUGCUGAAGCAACUUCACGUUGUGGAUCUGUCUGUGAAAGUCUGGAUCCUGAUUCUGUGCCCGAUGCUCAUUUUAUUUAUCAUGAUACGAAACCUUUCAUCGCUAGCUUGGUUGUCUACAUGUGCAAACUGUCUAAUGGCAUUCGCAAUUGUAUCGAUAUUUUUUUAUUUAAUCCCAAAUACCGGCAGUCCAAGUCGAUUACCAAAGUUUGCAGGAUGGUCUAUGUUUCCUCUUUUCUUUGGCGUAGCCGUGUUUGCAUUUGAAGCAAUACCAAUAGUAAGUAUGGCUGGUCUAAGUUUGCAUACUUCAAUGCAGUAACAGUUCACCUCUUGAAUCUUCAUCUUGAAUCUUCGUCUUGAACCUUUAUCUUGAAUCUUCAUCUUGAACCUUUAUCUUGAAUCUUCAUCUUGAAUUUUCAUCUUGAAUCAUCAUCUUAAAUCUUCAUCUUGAAUUUUCAUCUUCAAUCAUCAUCUUGAAUCUUCAACUUCAUCUUGAACCUUCAUCUUGAAUCUUCAUCUUGAAUCUUCAUCUUGAAUCUUCAUCUUGAAUCUUUAUCUUGAACCUCCAUCUUGAAUCUUCAUCUUGAAUCAUCAUCUUGAAUCAUCAUCUUGAAUCUUCAUCUUGAAUCUUCAUCUUGAAUCUUCAUCUUGAAUCUUCAUGUUGAACCUUCAUGUUGAAUCUUCAUCUUGAAUCUUCAUCUUGAAUCUUCAUCUUGAAUCUUCAUCUUGAAUUUUCAUCUUGAAUCAUCAUCUUGAACCCUCAUCUUGAAUCAUCAUCUUGAAUGUUCAUCUUGAAUCAUCAUCUUGAAUUUUCAUCUUGAAUCAUCAUCUUGAAUCUUCAUCUUGAAUUUUCAUCUUGAAUCUUCAUCUUGAAUCUUCAUCUUGAAUCAUCAUCUUGAAUGAUCAUCUUGAAUCAUCAUCUUGAAUCUUCAUCUUGAAACUUCAUCUUGAACCUUCAUCUUGAAUUUUCAUCUUGAAUCUUCAUCUUGAAUCAUCAUCUUAAAUCUUCAUCUUGAAUCAUCUUCUUGAAUCUUCAUCUUGAAUCAUCAUCUUGAAUCAUCAUCUUGAAUCAUCAUCUUGAAUCAUCAUCUUGAAUCAUCAUCUUGAAUCUUCAUCUUGAAUCAUCUUCUUGAAUCUUCAUCUUGAAUCUUCAUCUUGAAUCUUCAUCUUGAAUCUUCAUCUUGAAUCUUCAUCUUGAAUCAUCAUCUUGAAUCAUCAUCUUGAAUCUUCAUCUUGAAUCCUCAUCUUGAAUCUUCAUCUUAAAUCUUCAUGUUGAACCUUCAUGUUGAAUCUUCAUCUUGAAUCUUCAUCUUGAAUUUUCAUCUUGAAUCAUCAUCUUGAACCCUCAUCUUGAAUCAUCAUCUUGAAUCUUCAUCUUGAAUCAUCAUCUUGAAUUUUCAUCUUGAAUCAUCAUCUUGAAUCUUCAUCUUGAAUUUUCAUCUUGAAUCUUCAUCUUGAAUCAUCAUCUUGAAUCAUCAUCUUGAAUGAUCAUCUUGAAUGAUCAUCUUGAAUCUUCAUCUUGAAACUUCAUCUUGAACCUUCAUCUUGAAUUUUCAUCUUGAAUCUUCAUCUUGAAUCAUCAUCUUGAAUCUUCAUCUUGAAUCAUCUUCUUGAAUCUUCAUCUUGAAUCAUCAUCUUGAAUCAUCAUCUUGAAUCAUCAUCUUGAAUCAUCAUCUUGAAUCAUCAUCUUGAAUCUUCAUCUUGAAUCUUCAUCUUGAAUCUUCAUCUUGAAUCUUCAUCUUGAAUCUUCAUCUUGAAUCUUCAUCUUGAAUCUUCAUCUUGAAUCAUCAUCUUGAAUCAUCAUCUUGAAUCUUCACCUUGAAUCAUCUUCUUGAAUUUUCAUCUUGAAUCUUCAUCUUGAAUCUUCAUCUUGAAUCAUCAUCUUGAAUCAUCAUGUUGAACCUUCAUGUUGAAUCUUCAUCUUGAAUCUUCAUCUUGAAUUUUCAUCUUGAAUCAUCAUCUUGAACCCUCAUCUUGAAUCAUCAUCUUGAAUCUUCAUCUUGAAUCAUCAUCUUGAAUUUUCAUCUUGAAUCAUCAUCUUGAAUCUUCAUCUUGAAUUUUCAUCUUGAAUCUUCAUCUUGAACCUUCAUCUUGAAUCAUCAUCUUGAAUGAUCAUCUUGAAUCAUCAUCUUGAAUCUUCAUCUUGAAACUUCGUCUUGAACCUUCAUCUUGAAUUUUCAUCUUGAAUCUUCAUCUUGAAUCAUCAUCUUGAAUCUUCAUCUUGAAUCAUCUUCUUGAAUCUUCAUCUUGAAUCAUCAUCUUGAAUCAUCAUCUUGAAUCAUCAUCUUGAAUCAUCAUCUUGAAUCUUCAUCUUGAAUCAUCUUCUUGAAUCUUCAUCUUAAAUCAUCAUCUUGAAUCAUCAUCUUGAAUCAUCAUCUUGAAUCUUCAUCUUGAAUCAUCUUCUUGAAUCUUCAUCUUGAAUCUUCAUCUUGAAUCUUCAUCUUGAAUUUUCAUCUUGAAUCAUCAUCUUGAAGCUUCAUCUUGAACCUUCAUCUUCAAUUUUCAUCAAGAUGAUGAUUCAAGAUGAAGAUUCAAGACGAUGAUUCAAGAUGAAGAUUCAAGAUGAAAAUCUUGAAUCUUCAUCUUGAAUCAUCGUCUUGAAUCUUCAUCUUGAAUCAUCAUCUUGAAUCAUCAUCUUGAACCCUCAUCUUGAAUUUUCAUCUUGAAUUUUCAUCUUGAAUUUUCAUCUUGAAUCUUCAUCUUGAAUUUUCAUCUUGAAUUUUUAUCUUGAAUCUUCAUCUUGAAUCUUCAUAUUGAAUCAUCGUCUUGAAUCUUCAUCUUGAAUCAUCAUCUUGAAACUUCAUCUUGAAUCUUCAUCUUGAAUUUUCAUCUUGAAUCGUCAUGUUGAACCUUGAAUCUGUACUUCUUCAUACUAAUCAUCACUUUGGCUUUUACGUUUUUAGGGUUCAUCCAUGUUAAUCCUGUUCAUGGGCGCUCUGUCCGAAAGCACGAUUUUUUAAUAGCUUUUUAAUAUUUUAACUAAAUAAAAUUAAUGAACCUUCAAACGCCAAUAUCUCGUUCCUUCCACCUACGCACUUUUCAUUUUCGUUUCCAUCUUCACUUCACCUUCACGUUGAAUCUUGAACUACACGUUUUACCUUCAGAUUGAAUAUUAAACUAUACUUUGAUAUUCAAAUUUAUUUCGAACUUUAAUCUCGUCCAGUUAUUAUUCUAUGGCCUCAAAUAAAUUCUCGUUUCCCGACAAAAAUUACUGGCAAUCAGGCUGUACAUCACGUUUAACGACACAAAAAUCCGUAAUAUUUAUUACUAGACAUUUCACAGCGGGAAUAAAUUUGGGCAAUUCACGGCCAUAGGCGUACGGGGCCGCAUAACACAAAUUUUCCAAAAAUCACAAAAUUUGCCAAAAAAUUUACUUAAUUUUAGACAAAAUUGACAGAAUUUGUCCCAUUUUUUUUAAUUGCAAACCAAAAUUGCCCGACUGUUGAUCGAAUAUUGCCCGACUGCCCAAAAAAUGGGAAAUUGCCCGACUGCCCAAAAAACUGGGGGGGGGGGCUACCGCCCCCCCCCGCCCCGUACGCCUAUGUUCACGGCUCAAGAAAAUGACCUUUUCUUUCCGCUCUCCACAUCCGUAUCUUGCUUAUAUUGUUCAAUUUAUUGUUCAGGUACUUCCAUUGGAAAACGAAAUGAGAGAACCAAAACGUUUUCCAGAUGUUGUAAAAUAUGGAAUGACUGUAGUGAUGGUAGUCUACAUUUCUAUGGGAACUUUUGGCUAUCUUACGUGUACAGAUCACUGUGAAGGAAGCAUUACUUUAAAUUUACCUGGAACAGCGUAUGUAUAUAUAUAUAUUGAUAGUUUUGCUAAACUUUUAGCAGUGCCAAAUAUUGAUUUCAGAAUACUUGACAAUUUAAUUCAGUGGGAGACAAUUUAAUUCAGUCACAGAGAGCUUCAUAUUAUACACAACACUGUCUGCUGACAAUUGCGCACCUCUCCCCACUUUUUCAUCGUAUUUUGAAGUAAUAUUUCAAGUCGACCAUGAGGAAUGGACUAGAUUUCAAGUCCGUGCAAUUUGAUCAAGUCUGAGGCGAAGCCGAGUCGAAGCACUGAAUUAAUUUUGAUCCAGUCCUAGGACUGGGUCAAUAUACUUCACCAGAUAUCCAGUAAAAUAAAGCAAUAUGGUUAAUGGCUAAUUUAAGCAUGCAUUAUUAAUGAGUUUGAGAUCGAAUCUGAAACUACACUCUGAAUAAUAUCAAACUGAAUUCUCUAAUUUCUUUCAGGUUCUUCUCAAUAGUAAAAUUGGCCGUGGCAGUUUCCGUGUUUUUUUCUUACUUCAUUCAAGCCUAUGUGCCAUUAAAAAUUGUCGAACCAUGGAUAUUCGAGCAAAUCCCAGAAAAACGACAUUUCAUAACAGAUACUGCAAUCAGAGCACUCCUGGUCUUGUUCACAUGUAAGUAGACCUAUAAGCAUUUGUUGGGCGCACGAUAACAGAUUUUACAUGCAUUGCUUUUGAAGGAAUACAGUUUAUAUAGGAAAUUUAUCGAAAUUUCAUUUGCUUCUACUAUACAACCGGACCAGAAUAGUAUAGCUGGUGCACAAUUAAAAAUGCCUGUCAAAAUCACGUUUUUCCACCGUUAGGAGUCGCUUGUAAACCUCUGAUAUUGUCUGAGUAUUGAAUUAUUCUCAUUUCGGAUUCAAAUUUAAGUCGCUUGAAUAAAGAUGGCGCAACGCAUGUGUAAGCAUCAAGUUUUGGUAAAUUUCGCAUCACAGUUUCGCAUCGCAAUCGAGUACUUAAAACAUUUUACAAAACUGGAAGUUUAAAUGGACAAGCAUUUGGGUAAAUGUUCGAAAAUUGGAAGACCAACUAAAUCCUAAGAAUACGAUUUCAACCGACCACCUUAAAUCGAAUCGUAUUUGCCAUUUGGGCAUUUUUUAUGACAAUGAUUUAAUAAAGGUGUCAAAUGACAGCUAAAAACCUGAUUUUAUGUCAAUGUUAGAUUAUCUUUUUUGUACACCCUGCAUGUAUACGAGUCUUCUGAAAGAAGAAUGCGUCCUUACAUUUAGAGAAAGUGAAUUUAUUUCAAUCAAAAUUUAUAAUUCAUUUUUUCCAGGUGGGUUAGCAGCGGCAGUUCCACAACUACACAACGUGAUCUCAUUGGUUGGAGCGCUCACGAUGUCAUUACUGGGCUUCGUUUUCCCCGUUGUUAUACAUUCAAUAACAUUUUAUAACGAUCUUUCAUGGAUAGUACAUGCUAAAAAUGUCGCUAUAUUCGUAUUUGGCAUCUUGGGAUGUCUCGCUGGAACUUACACAGCAAUUUACAAUAUUAUUAAAACGUUGCAAAAAUCAUGAAUUAGCUAUUAUAGCCUAAGUAUGGAUGCAGUAGAUAUAAAUAAUGAAAAAAAUCAUAUCCUCAUGGCGGACGAUAUUUUUCACAUGUGAAAUUUAUGGUCUCAGCCUUUUCAUUGCCAUUAGACCAUUGGUAGGACGAAUUUUCUCAAUUGUAGUGAAAAGCAUGCAGUGAAAACGAUUUAGAAUAUCACAAUAACAGCAUAAAAAUAUUAGAGAUCUGAUGCAUCUUCCCACUGGAGUUCCGAUAGAAAUGUAAUAAACACAAACAAUUCACGAAAACGCCGUUCAUUCAUCUUGUUUUUUUCUUGUUUUUAUUCGGGGUAUAUAUUCAUGCCUCGCUCUUCACGAGUUGUCAGCCGUUAGGGUUAGAGUCAGGGUAAGGAUAGGGCUCAGCAUUCAUAAACAGCGAGACAUGAAUUUAUAACCUGUAUUUAAAACUGCUGCUCUCUAUAACUUUACAUACCACAGGCUCAACCUACACAUAACUCAGCUGUCUGCUAGCAUGCAGAUAACAGCACAUGUGUAGGUUGCGUGUUCCAUAUUUAACUGUAAGCUAUUGGCCAAUCAGAGGACACAUAGUGACCACAAUGUAUAAUUAUAAUAAAUCAAAUUACAAUAUUUAUUCUAAGAGAUAUUUAUAUUUAUUUAAUUGGCUAUAAUUAAGUGUAUAUUUUAAGAAAUGACGACUAAAAAGUAUGUAUUUAGAUAAUAAAUAAAUUCAUUUCAAUGUGUAUAUUUAUUUUGUUAGAAAGAUAUACGAGAUGGAUGAUAUACGUUCUUACUCUUUAGACUUCAUCCAGGCUUUAGGGACCGGUCAUAAAGUAUGUGUGCUACAGGAGGGUAAGUUGGGGACACUAAUUCGGACAAUGCCGGACAAGGGGGGAGGGG